AUGACGGGGAACAGCAAAGACAAAGAGGUACAUAAAAGUCCCUCGGUCAGCACUUUAAAACUAUUGGGGAAGCGUCUGUUCAAUUCGAACAGUCACACUGACAAUUCUUCAUUAUUACUCAGUGCUGAACAAUUGGGUAAUGGUAGGAGUUUAAGGAAACGACCAACGUCUCCAUCCAGCGGCGGCGCUAGUAGCGGUGCCAAUUCACCUUCCUCUUCUGCCGGUGCUCGGAAUAGAUCUGCUUCUUUGCAUAGGAAGAAAAACAAUGCUUCAGUUGGGCUCUCGAGUGGACCUGUGUCCUCGCAUAAGUCUUCCGUCGCGUUGCAAGACCUAAUCAAACAUAACAAUAAUCCUUACUUAAACUCUCCCUCGGAUAUCUUGGGCACAGGUACUGGCAUUGCCUCGACAAGAGAUAGGGAUAGAUCUGCUAUAGAAAGGGAAAAAGAAAAAGAGAGGGCUAGGGACAAGGAAAGAAACACGCAUCAUGCGGGCUUGCCGCAAAGAUCGAAUAGCAUGGCCAGUCAUCACUUUCCCAAUGAAAAUAUCAUUUAUAACCCCUACGGUAUAAACCCAAACCAUGCUAGACCAGAUACUGCAUUUGCCGACACUCUAAAUAUGAAUAAGGAGAAUGAUUUAAGUUUUUACAUGCAUGAUGGGAACGCCAAGAUACGGAUGUUACCGCUGCCAAUCGCCAACCCGAAUGAUUUCUUACCCGAAGAUAUGAAACAAUAUAGCGUCCAUUUAACGGAUAAUUUUGUAUUCGACACGGAUAAUAAGCCAAUCGGUUCCGGUGGGUCUAGUGAGGUGAGGAAGGUUAAAUCGAGUUACAGGCAAAAGGAUGUUUACGCUUUGAAGAAAUUGAAUAUGAUAUACCACGAGUCUCCCGAGAAGUUCUACAAAAGAUGCUCAAAAGAAUUUAUCAUUGCCAAGCAUCUAAGCCACAACGUGCACAUCACGAACACUUUUUGUCUUGUGAAAGUACCCACCACAACGUACACAACUCGUGGUUGGGGGUUCAUCAUGGAAUUGGGUGUCAAGGAUCUUUUCCAAUUGAUGGAAAGAACAGGCUGGAAAAACGUUCCAUUCGGUGAAAAAUACUGUCUUUUCAAACAGGUGGCUCAAGGUAUCAGGUUUUGUCAUGAGAACGGUAUCGCUCAUCGUGAUUUGAAACCCGAAAAUGUCUUGAUUUCCAAAGAAGGUGUUUGCAAACUGACAGAUUUCGGUAUUUCUGAUUGGUACCAUGUGGUGCCUCAUGACUACACCAGUCCGGUGAAGACUUGCCAGGGUAUGAUAGGUUCCCCACCAUACACUCCACCAGAAGUGAUGUAUUUCGACGCCAAGAAGCAUUAUCCUGAAAGGCUCCAAAAACCUUAUAAUCCAUUGGCCAUGGAUUCUUAUGCCCUCGGGAUAAUGCUGAUCACCAUGAUCAACAAUAUAAUUCCUUUCAUCGAUUCCUGUAACACUGAUGCGAGAUUCAGAGAGUUCGAAUUGUCGUACGAUAACUUCAUCAACCACCAAAAUCCUCACUUCAGAGACAAGGGUUGCCACAAGGCAGGUCCCGGUGCCGAAUACAGUUUGGCAAGAAAUUUCAAAAAUACUGAGGCUACACGUGUUGCAUGGAGAUUGGCUGACCCCGACCCUGCCACAAGAUACACAAUGGAUGAUUUAUUCGAAGACCCUUUUUUCCAACAAAUAGAAACCUGUGUCGAGCCAAAUGACGACAGUUUCGUGAAGGCGCCUGAAUUAAGAAAAUCUACUUCUAUCAGUGAUUCUACGGAAAACUUUCCAGAUGCUCCCAACGAGCAAGAAGUCAGUCAUACUUCGAAUCCAUUCCUGAAAAGAGAACCUUUGAGUACUAAACCUAGAUCAAUGCUGGAAAUUGCUCAAUCUCCAUCACUUAAACUGAAGUCCAAACUGAAGAGCAAAACAAAGGCUAAAUCACAUGAUAUCAUGGAUAAAGAAGGUUUAAAAAUCGUUACACCUAAACCACAAGGGAAAGAACAGGGCGAAGAUCAAAAUGAAGACAAAGAUGAAGACGAAGACGAAGACAAACCAACGGAAAACUUUUCAACCAACGUUGACAGUUUAUUAGAAAAGGCGACACCAACUUCCACCAAAGUCGAUGACAUUCCAAGCGAAGAAAAUUCUACAACAAAGGAGUUAAAGUCAAUGAUCAACUCUACCCCUUCCACACCAACACACAACGGUCCAACUCCGGUCCCCGUGAAAACUGCCACACCAUUGAAUAAAGGUAUGAGCGAUUUAUCAUUAAGAUCAGAGACGCCAAUUUCUGCCAAGGACACUAGCGCACCCAAUGUGUCUUCAUCAAGCAACUCGAUUAGAAGUUUCGGUAGUCCAAAUGUGUCCUCCUUAAAGAAAAAGAAGGUCAUCCAUCACCACUUAGAUAUCACUAACAGCGUCACGAACGUGUCAUCCGUGAGCGCUUUCGUGUCAAGAUAG